CAGCGAUGGCAACACAAGGAGAUAUUCCAGAUGAGCUUCUAUGUAAGCUAACUGAAGACAUCGAGACGAGUGAACAGAUGGGGGCCUUGGGACGAACACUAGGAUUCAACACUGCAGCCAUCAAUAGAUACGCAGAGACCAACAGACUGGAAGGACGGGUCACGUGUAAGGGAACACGUGACAUGCUGUUUGACUGGAGACAGAGAGUGGAGCCAUCCAAUCAGCAUCCUAGGCUGAAGCAAGCACUUAUUGAUGCUAAUCUAAUCAGGCUUGCUGAAACUUAUCUCAGAGAGACGAUAGCUACCCAAGAUACCUACAGUAAGAAGAUAUCGGAAUCACUGACUGUUCGAAAAUGUCGCACAAUCUUAGAGGACAAAUACUCGAACCAGCUUUGUAAAAUUCAAUUGACACCUUGGAACAAUAAUGAUUAUGCAGAGUUUAAAGAUAUGCACACCGUUGUUACCAUGGUAAAGAAGGACGAUCGUGGGAGAGAUAUUAAGGAAAAGGAAAUACUACAAGGCUCUGCAGGAAAAAUAUUUUCAGCCAAAGUAAACGGAACAUUGCCAUCUCGAAUCCUUAUUUCGGCUCCCGCUGGACGAGGAAAGACGACAGCUGUUGCUAAGAUGGCGCACGAUUGGGUUCACAGAGAAGAUGGCUCAGGAUUAGAGGACUUGCCACUGCUGUUUGUUGUCAAGUUUCGAAACACAAGCCAUAGUACAUCGAUCGGAGAAGCCAUCAUAUCACAACUCCUGAGUGAUGUUGACGAUCUGACGCCAGAGGGGCUAGAAAGUUUCAUCAGGCAGCAUCAGGGAAUCUGUCAUAUUGUACUAGAUGGGCUCGAUGAGUAUGCUGGUAUCUCCUCCUCAAGCAAUAUCAUGAAAAUUCUCCUAUGGGAAAUGUUUCAACAAUGUCGAGUUCUUGUAACAUCACGACCUCACUUAGAAAACAUUUUCAGUCAAGGGGAUCUACCAAGGGUAUACACGAAGAUGGAGAUCGAAGGAUUCUCCAAAGAGAGCUCAUGUGAUUACAUUGACAGGUUCUUUUCUUCCCGGAUUCAGAAACCAAUGAAAGCAGAUGGUCUGAAGUUUUACCUCGAGACAAAUCCACUGAUAGAGGAACUAGUAAAAACACCACUAUUCUGCCUCAUGGUAUGUCACUUAUGGUCUGUAGAUCGUCUUGACAGUGAGACUUCGACUCAAACAUCAUUGCUCGACAAAGUAAACGUGUUUUUAAGCCACCACGCAAAUAAACGGACCGAUAGGUUAUUCACACCUGAAACCCUGGACGAAAUAAUCCACAAACUGGGUAAAGUUGCUCUCACUGGUCUACUUGCUUAUUCUAAGAAGUUGGUAUUUACCCCUCGUGAUUUUCAGAAGAUUCCAUCUGUCCUCGAUAAGGCAUGUCAGUUAGGGAUAGUAUCCAAGACAACUGUAUCAAGCGAACACCUUCCUCAAACUAACGAAACCUCUUCUACUACUAUAGAAUUUUAUCACAAACUUGCCCAAGAACAUGCAGCCGGGAAGUUCCUAGCUCAUAAAACAAGUCGUUUCAAGCUGAAUUGGAAGAUUUCUAAGUUAGACCAAGUGUUACAAAAUAUUAAAAGAAAUGUUGGCGAUUAUGAAAAUCUCAUUCGUUUUGCUGCUGGAACAAAGAACAGACUCUGUAUUCGAAUAAUGGAGACGCUUCUGACAAAUAGUUAUUUAUCCGAGAGUGAGCGUUAUCGUAUUCUCUUAGACUGUUCAUCAGAGUCUGGGGUUAGCGAUGGGAAGGUGUCAUCCUUGGUUCGAAGGUGUGUGACGUCACAAAGUAUGCUUUUGCAAUCGCCAACAGUGUAUACUGUAGUUGGGAUGCGAAAUCUUCCAAGAGAACUGAAACAAAAGGUUGUGAGUGUACAAUUCGAGCAGUCUAUCAUGGCAACCGCUGUGACAGAUGGACUAUGGGCCUGCCUUAAAUCAUUCCCGAUGCUAAAUUCUCUCACCAUCUCAGACUCAUCUAUCGAUUUCCCUCCAUCUCCUCCUGAGCUACCAUCCAUCACAGAGCUAUCAACUGAUGGAGUGACGUCACAAUGCUAUGAAGGUCUGAUCUCAUCACUCCCUGCUUUGGUAUAUAUUAAAAUCACUAUCGAUGAUGCAGAGGGAGACAUAGCCUUUAUCACGGCUGGUCUUCGUCGGACUGGAGGACAAAAUCUCAAAAUCAUUACCCUUCGCACUACGUACUCACUCCGAUCAGAGAAGAGUCCUGUAUCAAGCAAGACAAUGAGAGGACUGGGUCUGCUCAUCAAGGAACAUACCAAGAACCUGAAGUAUCUCAUUCUGGGUCGGGUGAAGUGUACAGACGAGGAUGACUUGGUUUACCUCAUUGAAUGCUGCCGACAUGUGAAGACGAUGGGAUACGUAGAGCUAUACUGUCGGACGAUGUCGAAUGGUAAGGUGGCUUCUCACGUCCAGCACCUUCACACUAAAUCACCCAACGAUCUCCACGUGCUUGUUUACCAUGAUGAUUUUGGUUAUUAUAAAAGCUACUACAUUCCCCACAUCGAUUGAGCGAUGAGCAUGAUGAGAGUGAAGCUGAAUCCUAAAUGCGCCAUCAAAGCCUAAUGCAAGCGGGUUCAUAGUACCACGCCAUGGAAUGGAUUUAGACGCUGAAAACACAAGAACUCGUCAAGUCAACUGCUAUGUUCCAUGCCUUUAUGGUUUUUUUGCCCAAUCUUGUAGAGAUAGCUACUAUAAUAUUCAUUAAUAUUAUUUCUAAAAGCAGCUUAUUAUAAUAUAAUAAGUAAUAUGACUACUUUAGACCCGAUUUGCUCCUACCGAAUGUCUUAUAUCUUCUUACACUUAUUUGUUAGUAGCCUUAAAAUGAACUGUUUGUUUAUUAUACAUGUAUUUUCGUUGAUCUUAAUUUAACCAAAGAUGAAAAUGUAUUGUAUUCAUCAAUAACUAUUAUGUUGUAAAUAUUUGUUUUCUAUUAUUACUCGUUGACAAGUAGCAUCAAAUAAAAUGUUGUACUGAUCUUUCAUAUCACCAUUGGAUGGUUUUUUCAUGUAUAUUUAUGUAUUGUAUAUGUGUUUUAUGUUAUGCAAGGCCUCCUAGUAUAACAGCCUUGUCACUACUAAUGGGGCUACCCUGUUAAAUAAAAAAAAGUAAAUAUCGGCAUACGAUAUGCUUGUAACAUGGAUUAUACAUUUUAUGUAUAAUUAUGAAAUUAGUAUAAAUAUAAAUGUUCUCAUUUUCAAACUUCAGUGGAGUUCAUAAUACAAAUUGAACCGAUUACGUAACAGUUUAACCGACAGUCUGAUAAUUGCAGAAAAGCGGAUAUGAUUAAUAUUUUCAAUUCAAUUCAAAUAAACAUUCAUUUUUCAAUUUUCAUAAAAUAUAAUUUUCAAUAUGAAUUAUACAAAAUUAUUCGUCAUAAAAGCAGAGAAUUACAUUUUAUAACAUAUCUGAAGAAAAAAAAUUUUUCUGGAAAAUGCAUACUUCUUGUCAAAUGUUUGAAGUUAUAAUGGUUUUGAACUACAGGACAUGGUGUAUUUUUUAUAGCGAUGUAAUCAUAGCAAUCAACACGUUACCAGUAGUUCAUGAGUCGUGAAAAUAUUUGUGGUGGUGUAAGUUGAAAUUUUCAGUGUCGGGGUUGGAAUUAUGCUUGCUUGUACGUACAGACCUACAUUUUUGUUACUGCUUUAUAAGACUGCAGUGCACUUUAAACCGGAUCGUUAAUUAUUAGAUUCGAAGGAUAGCUACAGAGAUUCGAAGGAUAGCUACAGGGGUAUGCAAAACAACGAUAAUACGGUGCAGAGAUUUGUUUGUAUUAACUUAGGGCCUUUCACACGUGAAUCUUGAAUCAUCAUUAUAAUGAU